AUGAACGCUGAGAACUAUCUAAAUGUGGAUAUAUCGUAUAAUAACAGUAAAAAUAAUAUAAGUGAACAAUUAUAUUCUAAUAGUAGUGCAAUAGUGGAAACUAUAACAUUACUGGGAUCUAUUAUAAUUAUAUUCAUCACUGUUGGUGGGAAUUUACUUGUUCUUUUUGCAAUCUGUACAAAACAUAAAUUACGAAGAAAUGUAACAAAUUGUUUUAUAGCAUCUUUAGCAGCAGCAGACCUACUUUUGGGAACAAUUGUAAUGCCAUUCGCUGUAGUUGAUGUAUUAAGAUCUAUUCAUAAAGAUCGUCUUCCUAAAAAUCAACAGGAUCAGUAUGUGUUAUGGCCAUUUGGUCAGAAUUGGUGUGAUCUGUGGCAUGCGUUUGAUGUUCUUAGUUCAACAGCUUCAAUUUUAAAUUUAUGUGCAAUUUCAGUAGAGCGUUACAUUGCUAUUUCAGAUCCAUUUAAUUAUCCUUUACGUGUAACACACUCACGAUGUAUUCUUAUGAUUAUGCUUACUUGGAUAUGCUCAAUACUAAUUUCCUUUCCAGCCAUUGCCUGGUGGCGACAUUCAGGUAGUAUAUAUAAUGUUUCUGAUAUACAUAGUGUACCAGACGCGGAGUGCUUAUUUUCUUCUGACAGAGUUUAUUUAUUCAUCUCUUCUUGCAUUUCAUUUCACAUACCCUUGAUAGUUAUGAUUUUUGUUUAUUGGAAAAUAUAUCAGAAAGCAAAUGGUCUCAUUAAAACACUGAACACCGGUAAAAGAUUGAUUUAUAGAAAAUCAUUAGGUGGUGAAAUAAUGAUAUUAAGAGUGCACAGAGGCGGUAUAAGUAAAACACUUCCGUCAGUCUUACGUCAAGGUAUACUACCACACAGUUCUAAUAAUUCUACCAAAGUGUCGUAUGAAUCUUCGCAUGAAAUCCUCAAUAAUCAGUCACCUAUACCUUUGCCUACAGAAAAUGAUAAUGAAAAUAAUCAAGAAAUAUUAGAGUGUAGUAAUAAUGAAAACGAAAAAAGCAAAAAACGUGUAAAAUUUAAUCAAUCUAACAAAAUUGAACCAACUGAUGAAGAAAACACUCAUUGUACAUUAUUCUCAGGUUGUUACAAAACUAUAUUCAAUCGAAUCAAUAGGAAUACUUCACUAACACAAAAGAAUGAUAUUUUGACAGUAACAACUGGGACACAGAAGACAGAAGAAAGUUUACUAUCAUCAAGAAGCUACCUGACUGAAAUCAAAAAACGAGUACAACGAUUUACCAAAGAACGAAAAGCAGCUAAAACUCUUGGGAUAGUAAUGGGUGUGUUUGUUUUAUGCUGGCUACCAUUUUUUGUUUAUAACACCAUAAAAGCUAUUUAUCCAUCAGUUUUGAAACCCCAAGAGAAUAUAAUAUUUCCACUUGUCACAUGGCUUGGCUAUUUGAAUUCCGGAGUUAACCCUUUUAUUUAUGCAUAUUCUUUACGGGAUAUUCGUAAAGCAUUUGUUGAUAUUCUGUGUACGCUAUGCAAAACACAUUCAAAUUGGUGUCGUACAAGGCUAAAUAGUACUAGAGAUACUGUUGUGUCGCAAUAUACUGAAGAACCAACAGAUGUUCUAAAAUCAGUGAAUUAUCAGUCUACAAUGUCACUUACUAAUGGUUCAAUAACUUACACAGAUAACAAAUAUUCCAUGGAAUCCACGUCUUCACCAUUGCAAAAAAAUUUUACUUUCUAAAUGGAUUUAUAUGGAAAUAAUUCGCAAAAUAAAAUGUACAGUGAUAAUAAUACAGCAAUACAAUAUCUGAGAGUUUAAACUCAACUUUAUCAACAACAUUUAAAAUAUUUCAGUACUCAAAUAAUAACUAAUGACGUUGAUUUGCCAAUGUAUAAAAAAAACAAUUCAUAAUUCCAAUACUAGAACAACUCAUAUUUUAUUAAUAAUACUAUUUCUAUAUCAUAUACAAUGGAAUAUAACAUACCA